GGUCUGGUUGCUGGGCCGAGUUUCCACAGCGGUUCCAUCGUGACGUCGCCUAAUGCGACGUUUGUGCCACGCUUUGCGAUUGCGCACAGUGAGGUCACGACUUUCACCGAUGGCCGUUGGGGUCGACACGAGUAUUCUCGCUGGCCGCAGGCUUACGAUCACGAUCUCGCGCACGUGGCGUGCUUACCACGCGUCCAUUCUGAACUCGCCCCGAAAGACGACAUUCUCUGGCGGACUUGGCAAGAGGAGGACUGGACGACAGUCAAUAGCGGGGUUGUCCGCAUGGGCCUGCUUCAAGCGGGGCUCUUUGACGAACUUGAGAGAGCCGCCUUGCGGGCAUCCCAGGCUGCCUCAGAUUGCCAGGACCCCCCGCCGUCGUUGGAGUACACCCGACUGUUCCUCUCGCUUUGCCUUAGUCACUGCCUGGAUCGCCUUCGGGCGAUCCCCGCAGACCGAUCUGUCAUCAUCGCUCUUGCCGCCCACGUACAGCGACUCUCACUUGAGCUCGUGGGCCUUCGUGUGUACCUGGACGUGGUAUCCCCUCGUAUGAUGAGUACGGAAGACUAUCGGGAUCAAUUGCUUGACGUCGUCGGGGCUCACACCCCCGACCCUAGUCUCGCUCAGCUCCUCCAUCGGGCCGGAGUUCCUGUAUGGCUCCACCAGCCUUUCCGGCCGAGUGUGGCGAUAUGGCAGGUCGUACCUGCCACGGAUCUUCCAUUCCAGUUUUCGAGGAAGCCCGCGUAUCCCCGCCUGGUGCUCGCUCUUCGAGAUCUAUCGGGCGCCCUUAAUACUGCAGGCGAGGCACAACGGGCGAUGACGGCGGCUGUCUAUCGGCAACCUUGUGCCUCGCAACUUCCGCAGCUUCGGCCAGAGGAAGAACACGAUGCCGCUCCGGGCACGAAGAGGCCCCGGCUUGAAACGCAAUGGCCGAAUGGAUGGGAUUCCACUGUGGGGAAUGCGCGCCCUGUGAUAUUCGAGCGCGAUGCCCGAGAGGCGAAGACCCUCCCUCACGAGCUCAAAUCUCCCGCUCCUCGCCUUACGUAUUCAAAACGUCGGGCCGCGCGCGAUCGGCGGCCCGGGAAGUCGUCACUCCCCGUUCCUUCGCCCCCUUCCAAAUCAGGCUUCGUCAUGAACCCCUUUCGCAAGCACUACGCCUCACGUACGAUGCAAACGUCCCCUGUCUGGUUGGACGUCCUCACACCCCUAGAGCCCUUGCCUCAGCCUACCGCCGCCGUUACUUACUACUUCCCGCCACCAUGGAUGCUGGACUGCCUCGACGGCUACGAGGCCCCGCGCGAUCGGAUGUCACGCUACAUUCAUCAUUUCGCGUCGAUUCGAAUGUUUUGCCGCCUGCGACUUUUCGACCAGACCAUUGCAGGUCGUCCCUUGACCAUUGCCGAAUGGCGGGAUGCCCUGUGGGGCGACUACGAGACAGAUGGUAACAGCGCCCCUGAUCGAUCCGGAGCAACUUCCAAGGACGCUGCCUCGGCCCGUGCGAAAGUCCGUCAUCGUCUGAAACAGUCCCUGCGAGAACUUUUCGGGCAGCACGCUGGUCUAUCAUCGUACGAUCCUGCAUCUUCGCCUCAGGUCGGUCAGGAUGUCAUCACUGCGGAGGCGGCGGAGACGAGAGACCACAUCCAGCAUCGUUUGGUAUGGGAGGCUCACGAGACCAACUGGCGUUGUGAGCUCCUCGCCCUGGACGCCCUGAUGACCGGUUCGCGCAACUGGGGCCAGAUGGAACGGUGGGCACGUGAGGCGCAUGUUUCGGAAGUAUGGGGUCCCCCGCGAUCUGGCAUGGACAUUUGUCCUGAUUGGGAGUCGCCCGACGUACACUUUUGUUGGUCGUCCCCGCCGGAGGACGACUGGGAGUCCAGUCGGCCGCAUCUCAAGGCCUUCGUCGAGCUCCUUUCCCGCUGGCCUGGUCGUCCAGCAGAACUCGGGGAUGAGGACCUCCCUGUCCGCCUGCAAGUUUGCGACCCUGAGGAAUUCCGUCGGGUGCAGACUAUAGCGGUGCGGUACUACGUACGUACGUUCAUCGAGAAGUUCCAGCGACUUCCGACACCCCCC